AUGGCUCUCAACAUAGCCUUCUUUAACAACCUUGGAGAAAGUAUUUUAAAAUAUUUUAACCCCAACUUGAGAUAUGGCAGAAGAAUUACUAAAAACUGGUUCAUGAUGAACCCAACCCAUUUCUUUCUGGCCUUCUUCUUUUAUGCUCUGUUCGUUCUGGCCUCCUAUGCUUACAAAACCUACUACGCGUCCAAGUACAAAUCAGAUAAGGGGUUGGUAAAGAUAAAGUCCUCCUCAAGCUCCAAGUCUAAGAAUCCUCAACUUGAUGCUAUAUUAGCAAAGGCCGUCCCUAUGUACAAUAUGUUACAGGUCCUUCUGAGUGUGGUGAUCACCUUGCUAACCAUAUGUGCUGUCCGAAAGAGAAAAUUUUCACUCUUCAACAACUAUGUUGAUUUUUCCAAGACCAACAUUGCCCUUUGCUGCUGGCUCUUCUAUUUGAACAAAUUGCUUGAUUUCAUGGAUACCAUUUUGAUUGUACUGAGAAAGAAAUGGAAUCAGUUCACCUUCCUCCACGUGUAUCAUCACAUUUCCGUUUUCCUCAUCAUGUGGAUUAACACCAGCGUGGGAUAUGAUGGAGAUAUUUACUACGUCAUCACCGUCAACUCCAUCGUGCACUUCAUCAUGUACCUGUACUACUUCCUAGCAAGCAUGAAAUUCAGCAUCCCAGUGUUCGUCAAGGCCAGCGUAACGUAUAUCCAAAUUGCUCAGUUCAUCGCCAUCAUCUUCCCAUCGUUCUGCGUUCUCUGCUUGAAGUAUAAUGCCUACUACCCCAGAAAAUUGGUCGCCCUCAGUUUCUACUACUGCAUGUCUUUGCUUGGUUUGUUUGUCCAUUUCGCCUACAAUACUUACAUAAAGCCUAAGAAGAAAGUCGCUUAA